AUGGAGGAGCAGAAUGACAACUUUUUGCUUUCCCUUGGAGCCAACACCAGCAAGUGCAGCCUUGAGACUAACCAAACAGGGACACCAACAUGCUGGUCAGAAACAACCAGGGGUGGCCCAGAGGUGGUGAUUGUACCAGUGCUUUUUGGGUUGAUUUUCUUUCUAGGAAUGGUGGGAAACACGUUGGUGUUGGUUGUUUUGGGAUGCCUUCGGCCUGGGGGACGCCCAUCACGCAGUGCUACCAACACCUUCAUCCUUAACUUAAGCAUUGCAGACUUCUCCUUUCUGCUCUUCUGUGUCCCCUUCCAGGCCACCAUCUACUCCCUGCCAGAAUGGAUCUUUGGUGCUUUCUUUUGCAAGUGGGUUCACUAUCUGGCCAUGGCAACAAUGCUGGUCAGUAUCUUUACUCUGGUGGCUAUGUCUGUGGACAGAUACAUUGCUGUGGUCCAUGCCAAACGUUCUCUCUGCAUUCGCAGCAAGCGCAAUGCUGCCCUCGGUGUGGGUGUCAUUUGGCUGCUGUCUCUUCUCAUUGCCAUCCCUGUGGCCCAGCAUCAGGCCCUUGUGAGCGGUCAUCAGCAAGCACCCAAUAGCUCCUUCUGCUGGGAGCACUGGGCAGAUGGCUCAACAGCCAAGCGGAUGUACAAGAUUACCAUCCUGCUGGUGGGAUACCUCUUGCCUCUGGUGCUCAUCACCUGCUGCUAUGCCAAGGUUUUAUAUCACCUCCAUACGAAAGUAAAGAAUAUUUCCAAGAAGUCAGAGAGAUCAAAGAAGAAGACAGCACAGACAGUUCUUCUUGUGGUUGCUGUGUUCCUGCUCUCCUGGCUGCCACACCACAUCAUCAUGAUGUGGGCAGAGUUUGGGCAGUUUCCCCUGAACAACAUCUCCUUCACUUUCCGCAUCAUCUCUCAUUGCUUAGCCUAUGGGAACUCUUGCAUCAACCCCAUCAUUUACGCUUUCCUCUCAGAAAACUUCCGCAAGGCCAGUCGGCAAGUCUUCACCUGCAAAUUCUUCCUGCGCCCGCUUCCCACUGAGAAACUGCCCAGAAUACGUAUGGAGAACUUCUCUACCACUCACUCCACCAUUAACCUAUAAAUCUGGCUAACAAAUAUAUUUCAGGAAGAAGAGGAGGGGAAAGAGUGCUACCUGGGAGAAGUGCAUUUAUUUGCAUUUAAAGGACCGGUGCAGCCUGCAAAAAUAGAGGAGGAUGUUUUUUUCCAUCUGGCUGUUAAGACACUUGACACAGCUUGUCCUAGGGUACCUUGCUAGACACUGGGCUGUGUACAACAGAGGUAUCUGAAAUGUCCAUUGUAGCAUGCACAAGAGGAAACAUACCUGUAGUUGUUAUAUCCAUAAAUCCUAAAGUAAGUUACACAGAAAGCAGAAUAUAUAGAGAGACCAUUUAAUUAUGUGUGUAGUUAUUAGGAUGCAAAUAAUGAGUGAUGUGAUGAGAGCAUUGAGAAGUAGAUUUUUUUGGGAAACAAGUCUAUGAAUAUGCCUUUGUUUCUUAAAGAGGUUUGACCAUUGAUGAGCUACGUGUAUUUUUAGCUCACUAGCUGUAAUAGAGUCUCUCAAUGACCCUGAAGGCUUUGCUGUAAUAUAUACAUAGUGAGUAGUAUCAUGUGUCACUAACGUGACUGGCUGCAUUUGGUGGCAUUGUAUCACUGCCUAUAUCCCAGGACCUAAAUGUCCCUGUGCUCCUGAAUGUAACUACUGUUGUUAAUCACUGCCUCUAGUAACUGUCUCUGUGA